GCUCCAGCACCGCAAUUGAACCACGGCGCUGGGUGUUGAACCGCAGGCGCAGGAGCCAUGGUGAAGAGCAAAUUCUUGACCCAGACUGACAUGAAGAUCGGCCUCAUCGGGGAUGAGGAUACGGUCACCGGAAUGCUGCUGGCAGGAGUAGGUCACGUGGAUGGUCAAGGGAAGAAGAACUUCCUGGUGGUAGACUCCAAGGUCCACAUCAAGGACAUUGAGGACCACUUCCACGAGCUCACGGGGCGCAAAGACAUCUCCAUGAUCCUGAUCACGCAAGACUGCGCUGAGAUGAUCCGAAGGGCUGUGGACGAGUACGAGCACAGCGGCAAGACCAUCCCCACUGUGCUGGAGAUCCCCUCUAAGGACACGCCCUAUGACCCUCGCAAGGAUGGGGUGAUGCAGCGGGUGGCCUUCUUCCUGCCCAGCGCCAUGGCAGCCUUGGGCAUUGAGUCAUGAGGGCCUUUGGCCAUGCUUGGGGUGGCUUCGAAUUUUGAAGGCCGCGCAACACUGCUGCAGAUGUACGCCUUUUUAUUGAUCGGCCCCCUGGUUGCGGGCCGUAUUGUGCUGCCACUCGUCUUUUUGUCCGCCUUCCUUUGCAUAGUGGGCUUUUCUCGACAUGUGAGCUGAUAUGCGAAGAAAACAUUGCCAAGGAUGUUGUUUUGCCGAUUGGCUCAGAAGUUAGCAGAAUACAGCAGGAUAGCUCGGC